AUGCCGCCAGAAAUCAAAACCGGUGACCCAAAAGAUGAACACGGAGGAAUAAAGAUGGGAAUACCCUCAGACUACUGCGAUAAUGCAAAGGACUUGAUUAAUGUUGACUGGAACGAUUCCAAAGAAGAUUACACGUGUUAUUCAGGAAAGAUUGUUCCCAAAUCUAAGAACAAAAUUACAGAAACAGUUGACCCUCAUGAAGAAAAUCCAGUUCACAUUUGUUUGCCAAAUCCAAUCAAUUACAAAGAAGCCAUACCGACAUCCGGCAGUCACCGUCCAUUAUGGCCGAAAUAUGGAGAGUACUUAUAUUUACCACCGCAGAGAUGGGUUCAUUCGCUAGAACAUGGUGCAGCUGUGUUUCUUUAUCAUCCUUGUGUUGAUGAAAAUCAGCUGGAAUAUUUCAAAGAAAUUGCAUUCAAAUGCUUAAAGAAAAUCAUCAUCACGCCAUACAAAAAUGUUCCAGUAGAACAGCCGUUUGUGGUAGUUACAUAUCGAGCAAAGUUAAUGAUGAAUAGGGUGCAACGAGAUGCCAUUGAAAAGUUUAUACAAUUUAUACUUAUCUAUCUAUCUGGAUCUAUGCUUAACUAUCUAAUUAUCUAUCUGGGUCUAUUCUUUUCUAUCUUAUCUAUCUAUCCGGGUCUAUUCUUAUCUCUCUGUCUGGGUUUAUGCUUAUCUAUCCAUCUAUCUAUUUGGGGCUAUUCUUUAUCUAUCUAUCUAUCUAUCUAUCUAUCUGGGUCUAUUCUUAUCUAUCUAUCUAUCUAUCUAUCUGGGUCUAUUCUUAUCUAUCUAUCUAUCUAUCUAUCUAUCUAUCUAUCUAUCUAUCUAUCUAUCUAUCUAUCUAUCUAUCUAUCUAUCAGUAAGAGUCGGGGAAGAAGAGUGUGUCGGCAUCUAGAAGACUAUCUAAUCAAAGAGUGA